CCCGGCAGUUGACAAGCUCACGGUCCUACCACCAAGUCGAGCUUUUCAAAAUGGCUCAGAUAGGGCUACUUUUGACCCUUGUCGUCUGUGUCUUGCUACACAACGGCGUAUCAUCAGCGGUGGAAGAGAAAAAUGAAGAGGGAUUCUGUUCCCGACAGCUCAACAACAACCAGAACAUCACGGUUGUGGCCGCGCCCGGGCCCAUCGGACCGAAAGGGGACAUAGGGCCGAAAGGUCCCGCCGGCACGCCAGGGGAGGCAGGUGUGAGAGGCGCGCCCGGCAAGCUGGGCCCGGUCGGACCGAGGGGGGAGCGGGGAGAUAAGGGUGAACGUGGACCGGCAGGUGAGAAGGGAGCACCAGGGACCAGCCCACCUGCUCCACCUGUCGUGGCGUUUUCCGUGGCGCGAACGGCCGGCAUUUCUCGGACGUCGUCCACCACGGUACUGACGUACAACGUCAUCCUCAGCAACGAAGGAGCGGCGUACAACGAGGGGACCGGCAAGUUUGUGGCGACGGUCGGAGGCGUCUACUUCUUCACGUUUACCGGGAUGACAACAAAUCCAACCAACAGUAACUAUUAUCUCCGUCUGAUGAAGAAUGGGGGAAAGAUGGUUGGCCUACACGAGGCCAACGGGCCGCAACCCCAGUACCAGUCCGGUAGUAACAGCGCCAUCCUGCGGCUACUUCCUCGGGACGAGGUUUGGAUAGAGCUGGACAAGAGCGGACGCACUCUGUACAGCAGCGGCAACAAGUACCUGACGUUUUCCGGGUUUCUCAUUCACGCAGACUGAAGCAGGGUGAUUUUUUGUAGGAUUUUCAGCAAAUAACCAGCCGUCAUCAGCAAGCACCUACGAUCCAAGACAACGAUCCCUUUGAGGACAAGCACGACUAUACAAGAAAAAUAUUAGA